AUAGUCACUCGCUCUGUCUCUCUCUCUCUUCUCUCUCUCCUCACGCUCGCACACCUUCUCGCCGCUAUCGAUCGCCAAUUGUUAUUGAAUUUACUGUGAUAAUUGGCUAUCGAUCACCAAUUGCUACUAAAUUUUACUAUGAUAUUGUUGAGUUAUUUGUUCUUUGUUCUUUGUUCAUAGAUAUAUUUUUUUUUGUGCUUUUCUCAGUAUUUUGCAGGUAUUUUUCUUUUUCUUUUUUUCUUUUGUUCUUUUUUUUCUGCCUAUUUUCUUUGUGUUAGGUUUGCAGGUUCUAGAUCUUCGUCUUCUUGAAUGGAUCGUCUCCGAGGGCAGAUGGUUCCCGGUCAACCAUCGUCAAGGAAAUCCUAUGACAGAUUCAUACCUUAUAGAGGAGCAAUGGACCUUGAUGUUGCGCGAUAUAUGCUCACGGAUUCGAGCCAAAGGAAUUCGAAUAAAGAGAAUGUCGUUGCUGACUCACCAGUGAAGAAGGCUCUCAACGAAAUUGUUUUCCAAAAUAGAACGAGAAUCCUCGCUUUUAAGAGCAGGCCCCCAGCUCCAGCUGAGAGUGUUUGUGAGGAAGUUUUCUCAGAUACGCAUCAAGUGAGAUCAACCAAGCCGUGAAGAUAUAUUUCUUUGGUUCGACUCUCUCUCUCUCUCUCUC